CAGAGCCAAAGAAGAAUCCAGGAAAAGCUCUCCCUUGAACGAAACUCAAAAAAACUCCAAGAAUCUCCAUCCAUGGCGAGACCCUGGAGACUUUGCUUCCUCCACGUCGUGUUCUUUUGGGUGCUCUUGAGGGCAACCCUCUCAUCUCCCAGGCCACAUACCCAAGAAGAGCCACCGUAUCUCACGUUUGUGUUGAAUGCCACGGACUUCCCUAUGGAGGACUACUAUGACUACAUCAUAGUCGGAGGCGGCACUGCAGGCUGCCCCUUGGCGGCAACUCUCUCUCAAUCCUACAGAGUCCUCGUGCUUGAGCGCGGUGGCAUCGGCUAUGGCAAUCCCAACCUCAUGUCGCAAGAAGGCUUCAUCAGGACUCUGAUGGAAGUCGACACGUUCCGUUCGCCAGCUCAAGCGUUCACAUCCGAAGAAGGAGUCCCCAAUGCCAGAGGCCGUGUUCUUGGCGGCAGCAGCGCGAUAAACGCCGGGUUCUACAGCCGGGCAGACUCCUACUUUUUUCAUCACUCAGGGGUGGAUUGGGAUCUGGGAGCCGUCAACGGGUCUUAUGCUUGGGUCGAGAAGGCUGUCGUGUUUCGGCCUAAGUUGAGGAGCUGGCAAUCCGCCAUCAGGGAUGGACUACUGGAGGCAGGGGUUAAUCCAUCCAACGGGUUCACUUUCAAUCACGUGGUUGGGACCAAGAUCGGUGGUUCCACGUUUGACAAGUUUGGCAGAAGACAUACCUCCGCUGAUCUGUUAAGCUACGCAAAACCUUCCCACAUUAGAGUGGGAGUACAUGCUAGUGUCGAAAGGGUGCUGCUAGCUUCAACUUCGGCGAAUUCAGGACCAAAGCUCUCUGCAACCGGAGUCGUUUAUCGCGACCAAGUGGGUCGCUACCAUCAUGCGAUGGUGCAUAACCACGGGGAAGUGAUCCUCUCUGCUGGCGCGAUAGGCAGUCCACAGCUGCUGCUGCUCAGCGGCGUCGGACCUCGGCCCUAUCUUUCUUACUGGGGAAUUCCAGUGGCUCACCACCUUCCAUUUGUCGGGCAGUUCCUGUAUGACAAUCCAAGGAAUGGGAUUUCGAUCGUGCCUCCCAUGCCGUUGGAGCAUUCUCUCAUUCAGGUUGUUGGGAUCACCAAAUCAGGAGCCUACAUCGAAGCAGCAUCGAAUGUGAUCCCUUUCGCGUCCCCUGCUCGUGCCAUUUUCCUGCAUACUCCGUCUUCAAUGCUGAAUGUGACCGUGGCCACUCUAAUGGGGAAGAUAGCUGGCCCGCUGUCCAGUGGCUCGCUGAGGCUCGCUUCCACGGAUGUGAGGAUAAAUCCGAUCGUCCGGUUCAAUUACUUCAGCAAACUGGUGGAUCUCGAACGCUGCAUCAGCAGCACACGCAAGAUCGGUGAAGUGCUGCAGAGUCAUUCCUUGGAUUAUUUCAAGUUCAGGGAUUGGUAUGGUAAUAGAGAAUUCAUGUACGUGGGGUCUCCCCUCCCGGCUGAUUUGUCAAACAGCACAGAAAUGGCGGAGCAUUGCCGGCGGACAGUGACUACCAUAUGGCACUAUCACGGCGGCUGUGUGGUAGGGAAGGUGGUUGAUAAAGAGUUCCGGGUGCUUGGAGUUAAUGCACUCCGUAUCGUGGAUGGUUCCACGUUGAAUGUGUCUCCCGGGACUAACCCUCAGGCGACCUUGAUGAUGCUUGGACGAUAUGUUGGGUUGAAGAUGAGGAAAGAGAGGUCGAGACCAAAGUGAUUCCAGAAGAACAGAGUCAAAAUGCUCGUUUCGGCUCUCAUGCUGCUUCACCCUAAAUGCACGUGUAUCUCCAGAGUAGAGAACUGUCCUCUGGCGAUUGAUUUCACCGAUUCUUUCUUUCAAAAAUAGGGAACAGAGAUAUUUGCACUAAUGGUCAGUUGGAACUCCAUUCUUGUUGAUUCUCAUCAGAUAAUUGAAAUCUCUCUCAGUAAUGCU